GAGAGAGACCGAGCAGUUAAGCAAGCCAGCCAGUUAUUAGUCGGUGUCAGUAGACCACACACCCCGGUACGGCGUCCCCGCCGGGGCAUUUACCACCGCGCCACCCGAGGCCACCGGCUCUCGCCUCCCCCCGUCUUUAAUAACGAAGCAGCUUCAUCUGCCUGUCUCUCUGCCUCGCUGUGCCGUGCUUUGGCCUCUCGUCUCCUGUAGGGAGAGUAUCCUUGUCUCUUCUCCUGUCUGUCUCUGCGCUGCCGCCGCCGCCGCCGCCGCCGGCGAGGUGAGGAGGGGGGAGCGAUGAGCGGCGCGACCAAGUUCAUCAAGUGCGUCACGGUGGGGGACGGCGCGGUGGGCAAGACCUGCAUGCUCAUCUGCUACACCAGCAACAAGUUCCCCACCGAUUACAUCCCCACGGUGUUCGACAACUUCAGUGCCAAUGUUUCAGUGGAUGGGAACAUUGUGAACCUGGGAUUAUGGGACACUGCUGGGCAAGAGGAUUACAGCAGGCUGAGGCCACUGAGCUACAGGGGAGCUGAUAUAUUUGUGCUGGCAUUCUCAUUGAUCAGCAGAGCAAGCUAUGAGAAUGUUCUUAAGAAGUGGAUGCCGGAGCUUCGCCGGUUUGCGCCGAAUGUUCCAAUUGUUCUUGUUGGGACCAAGUUAGAUCUACGUGACCACAGAUCUUACCUUGCUGACCAUCCUGCAGCUUCAGCAAUCACAACUGCACAGGGUGAAGAACUUAGGAAGCAGAUAGGUGCGGCAGCUUACAUUGAAUGCAGUUCGAAAACACAGCAGAACAUCAAGGCCGUGUUUGAUACUGCCAUCAAGGUGGUCCUUCAGCCACCUCGGAGAAGGGGCGAGGCGACGAUGGCAAGGAAGAAGACAAGGCGAAGCUCCGGGGGAUGCUCAUUAAAAAACUUGAUGUGUGGCAGUACUUGUGUUGUCUAGGACUUACCUGAACUUUCGAGGUUAAAGCGUUGUGUAAUGGCAAGUGAGUUUGCUGACUGUUGUGCUGCUUCCGUGGUUACUCCUUAAUAGAUCUCUUUUUGUGUGUUUGCAUUACUACAUCUAGACCUAGAGCAUCAGGCUCAUAGACUGACUUGUUAUCAGGUGUUUGUAUUAAUAUAUUAUUAUGUAAGAAGGUUGUGGUAUUGUGGAACAGCUAGGUACAAGUAUGCAGGCUAUGUUGCAUGUCUGCUACUGGUGUAAUGUUAAAAAUAUAAAACUAUGCUUUAUGUUUUUGUG